CUCAUGGUUUAGGAAAGAGCCCUGAAAAUGUUGGAGUCCGAUGAUUAAUAGAAUAAAAUAGCCUAAAGUAGUAUUCAUAGAAUAACUUGAUUUUUUAAGCCCUUGCAUUUAAAUUUGAUAUGAUGCAUUUCUUUAAAUCAAGAGAGUCUCUUGUAGAUUAUUUCUUCACACGGUGCACUAAAAUGAUCAAUCUUUCAAUUCUUGGGUGCAUUCGACAAUUCCUUUUCCAAAGAUUACAUUGUAUGAAAUAUAUAACAGACGUCAGUAAAACCAACAUAUAAUUUUGUUUACACUGCAAAUAAACCUAUUGAUGGAAGAUUGGGUACCAACUUUUUUCAUUAUACUAAUCCUUUUCAUCAUUGUGGUGCAUGGAAUAUUGUUUUUAAUCAUCAUCAGAGCUUGUUGUAAAAAGUAUUGUUGCGACAGAGGAUUGCAGACAAGGUCCUACCGAAGUAAUAGUACAUUGUCAGGAUAUCAUGCAUCUAGACAUAGAGGGAUCCACUUCACGACGCAAACAUCGUUAGAUACUGCUAUGCACAGAUCAUCAUCUACAGAAAAUUUUGAACUAAAUAGCUUUAGAGAAGAAACCAGAAAUGCACCGAUAUCCCCUCCACAUUCUGAAAAUACAGAACAGGAGGAAUGCCAUAUUGUAACUGCUGAUUUAACUGAAUCCUCAAAUUUCUUAGGUGAUGGUUUUGAAGAUUGUCCAAAUGUACCCCCUCCUUCAUAUAACAGUUUGUUUGAAUAGAUAAACCAGCACAUGUUCUGUUAUUUAAAAAGUGUGUACAUCUUGUUUUAAGUUAGAUAUGACUUUAAUUGUCCAUCACAACACAGCAAAAUGCAAAUAUGUUU